AUGGAAGAGUUGGACCUGGACUGGUCAAAGCUGGCCAGCAUCACAACUGACGGGGCUCCUAGUAUGGUGGGCAUGUCUCGGGGUCUAAUAGGACGCAUGAACCGGGAGAUGGAAGAACGGGGUCUCAUCGCCCCGCUACAAGUCCACUGCCUAAUUCACCAGCAAGCACUGUGCUGCAAAGUGUUGACGUGGGAUUCUGUCAUGAAGGUUGUGGUGUCAUGCAUAAACUUCAUCAGAGCAAAGGGACUUAAACACAGGCAGUUCCAAGAAUUCCUGUCUGAACCGGAAUCUGCGCACAGAGAUGUGCUGUACUACACAGAGGUCCGAUGGUUGAGCCGGGGCAGAGUUUUGAGGCGUUUUUACGAGCUGCUACUUGAAAUUAACGCAUUUCUUCAUUCACAAAACAAAACGGUGCCAGAGCUGAUUGACCCAGAAUGGAAAUGGCACCUCGCAUUUUUAACAGACAUGACAGAAAUGCUGAACAGCUUUAACUUGCAACUACAAGGCCAGGGGAAACUCAUUUGCGACAUUUAUUCCCACACAAAAGCAUUUGAGGUGAAACUAGAGCUGCUUUUGGGACAAGUGAAAAAGUGCAGCUUCAUCCAUCUCCCUGCUACAUAA